AUGAGGGUAUUGCCCUUAUUGUGGGAAAAAAACAAUCAGCACCCAAAGGUCUCCCCGCACCUCUACAUUAGAAAUACUGGAAGCUCUUCUUCCUCUCAUUUUGAUUCAACACAGGAUAGAAAUGCUAGACGCUUUUCUUCCUCUCAUUUUGUGGACAACGAUCCCCAUUUCGUGGUCCACGUGGACGGACUGCACUUGCCCCUUUGCUUCGAUCUCCAUGCCUCUGAUGGGGCUUCUCUUAGUCUUAUUCAGGACGCGGAAUCUGGCAUAAAGGUGAAUGGCCGGGUGUCAGCAGCGAAGCAUAACCCCAGCCUGACGUAUUUCACAACACUGUUCCUGAGUCUUGGUCACCUCAACGUAACUGUUACGCAUGAUUUUAUUCACAUUGACUGUCUCAGUGACGACGGAACGCAGACGGUACGCUCUGUCUCGCGGCCAGCUCGUAAUAAAGGGGCCAAGAGGCAGUCACGAGGUCGUGGAGGUGUCCGCAGAGGUCGUAGAGUCAAUCAGCGCCAAACUCGCUCUGCUGAUGAGGAGUCGUUAGCGGAUUCGUGUGAUCUGAGGACUUCAUGGGAGGACUUAAGAGAAAUGAAAUACGACGACGUGAUCCUGACCCGCGAAGGGCGCAAGAAAUUCAACAUCGUCUUGGGCGGCGGCGACACCCACUUCGUCAUCGUCCGCUCCAGGAACAAGCGCCACCAGCAGUUCCUCGGAUUCUACGUGAAGGAAUCCGGAAUGCUGUCAGCCGGCACGGGGGGGGUCAUUG